AUGUCAGACGAUAACAAUUCGCCCGACCCUGGGGCGCACAAUUACUCUACGGGCGGCACUUCUCCCAAAGACAAACCACGACGAUUUGAGCCCAUCACUCACGAUCAAGACCGUGACGAUGAAGAUCUAAAUACGAGAACGACGGGGACAAUACGUCGAAAUCGGCCUCCGGCCAUUUUGACCAGCAGCGGCUCCCUGGAUUCCUACAAUACUGCGGAAGAACCCCAUACCGAAAGUCAACGAACACCUACACAGGAUGAGGGCCGCCAAGGUCUACAAAGCUCCGCAUCGUCGGAUCGCCAGCAAGUGCUGUCUCCCGAACCAUUACCAUCAAUGAGCAAGCCGAAAAUGGCGCGACGAGCAUCUUCUAAAUACCACCCUCCUCAUAAAGGUCAAGGUUUCUCAGUAGAUGAUGAUCCGGAUGAAUAUGAGUCGGACUUCGCACAACGGCAAUCGUCGAUUGCGAAGUCAGCGUCGGGCUCAGGACAUGGUAAUGGUCUGCGGAGACAGCCAUCGACUUUGCGCAGAAGACCCACUGCACAACCAACAUCUUUACCGCGAGUCGAUUCACGCGGCGAAGAUGAGGAAGAAGCUGAGCAACCUAAAAACUCUACCGUCCCUCGCGAGGAAGCUGCUGGGGACGGUCAUGAUUCAUCCGCAGAGGAAGGAAAUAGUCCCGCAGACGCCGAAGAUGGUGAUGAGGACGAUGAUGAUGAAUUGAGCGACGCCGAAAGUUUUACCCUGAAAGACCGUCAGAAUGCUAUCAACGAGACACACCCUUUUGGUAUCCGUAUCUGGAAACCUGCGCUCUAUCAGAAGAACAGAUCCAUAGAGAAAACAGCAGAAGGUGACAUACACUCGUCCCCAGGAGGCAGAGUAAGUAGUUGGUUAUGGAUGUUCAACGUCCUCUGGACUAUCCUCUUCGGCUGGUGGCUUGCCACAGCCGCGGCCCUAGGAGCUCUCACUUGUUUUCUAUUUGGUUUUGCACCUGCCGCCGCAGAUUAUGGAAGAGUUUUCUGGGGCCUGUCUCUAUAUCUUUUCUACCCCUUUGGCCAAUUCGUCAAGCUGGAGCAAGAUGAAGCUUAUGCGGAAGAGGACGAAGGCGAAGGCCGCAGCAUCACAGAAUACGAACAAUGGCAGAACGGAGACCUCGAAGACGGGCGCCUUUUCUUCGGACCCCUAACUUCACGAUCAUUGAUUGGUCGGCGAAGAAGCAUGGAUUCGGCAGAUGAGAAUGAUAGCCUUCUGGGACGCACAAGGAGAGCGGAUGAUCCCAAGACAGGGCCGAAGAAUCGAAGGGCUAGGCUUUUUGGUCGAGGACAAUGGACUAUCGGGCGUGUUAUAUUCUUCGUCUUCUUCUAUUUCCUGCUCGCACCACUCUUACUGCUUGCAUCUGGAAUCUGUUGGUUCCUGGUCUUCUGGAUUCCCAUGGGCAAGGCCACUUUACUUCUUUUCUACCACCUGCGUCGACACCCUCUCGCCCUGUCGUUCAACGCGGACACCACUUAUUCACGGGACGGUUCGUCACAUUCGUCUUCCAUACUACUCUGCACUUACCGAGCUGUGGGCUUGAAGUACUGGAAGUAUACCGUUGAUGGAACUAACAUUUUUUUGAUCAACUUGAUUGGUGUAGUGCUGUUUGCGAUAUUUGAUUACUGGGUGCUCUAUGUCGCUAUUGGCCUCGACAGCUGGAUAGUUGCUCCUGGGCUUAUCUUCGCGCUGGCGCUCUUCUCUAUAAUCCCCCUGGCAUAUUUCAUCGGACAGGCUGUAGCUUCAAUAUCAGCGCAGUCGUCAAUGGGCGUGGGAGCGGCCAUCAAUGCGUUUUUUUCGACCGUCGUCGAGGUUUUUCUCUACUGCGUAGCAUUGAACCAAGGCAAAGGUCAGUUGGUCGAGGGCAGCAUCAUCGGGAGUAUCUUUGCUGGUAUUUUAUUCCUACCAGGUUUAUCCAUGUGCUUUGGAGCGAUCAAACGAAAGACUCAGAGAUUCAAUGUCAAGUCUGCGGGCGUCACAUCGACUAUGCUUUUAUUUGCGGUGAUCGCUGCUUUUGGGCCUACCCUGUUCUAUCAAAUCUAUGGAAGUCAUGAGCUUAAUUGCCAUUCCUGCAUCGUGGUGGGACCUGGCCAUCCCGAUGGACCUGAUGAAGACUGCCGACGGUGUUACUAUUCCCAAGUACCUGCCAUCAACGACGAGUUCUUUCUCAAAGCAGUGAGGCCGUACUGUUGGUUCGCGGCUGUUCUCCUGUUCCUCUCGUACAUAAUUGGAUUAUGGUUUACAUUACGGACCCAUGCAGCCACAAUCUGGAACAUAGAAAUAGAGGAGAAAAAGGCUCAGGUACAUCCUGGACCAAACGGCAGCAUAUCACACCAGCCACUCCAUGGUUCCGGACUUAAGCCCCAGACGAGCAGUAGCAGCAAGGACUCUCCGGGCGGCCGGAACGUGAGCACUGCGAUACGUGACACUCAACUCUAUAAGCGCAUUCUGAGUCAGUCUCUCAAGCACGAAGGGCUGAGUCUACGCAGUCCAGAAGAUUCUCGGCAGCCAUCUGGAUCUAGUAACAAUCUCCAUGGUCAGCCACCGCAUGUCGUGCCACCAAAAAGUAGCGAGGGCGAAAAUAAUGUUUUGGAGGACAAUCCGAGCCUGAGAAGUAUCAAGGUGGCCGGUCUUUCCGAGGAGGAGCACAAUAAUCUUGUCCGCCAUGUUGCGGAGAUGGCAGCUACUGCGGCUGCGGUCGCGGCUCGAGAUGCUGUUAAGGCUCCGCGCAAAAUGUCAACAUCAACGCGUACUGUUGCCCAACGCACACCCAAAGCCUCUAUUCCAGCUACAGGUGCAUUCCAGGAUGACCACGAAGCAGCCGCAAAUGCAGAAGGUCCUGCUGAUGGUGGGCAUGACGCUCCCAACUGGGGGAGGGUGAAGAGCGCCGUCAUUCUUCUAGGUGCUACGGUCCUCUACGCGAUCAUUGCAGAAAUUUUGGUCAACACUGUGGAUGUAGUACUAGAAAGUGUAGACAUUGAUGAGAAGUUCUUGGGCAUCACUCUGUUCGCGCUCGUGCCCAAUACGACAGAAUUCUUGAAUGCCAUCUCUUUCGCCAUGAAUGGCAAUAUCGCACUUUCAAUGGAGAUCGGUUCCGCUUACGCUCUCCAAGUGUGCCUCCUCCAGAUUCCCGCCCUUGUCCUUUUCAGCGCUGUCCACGGCCGCUACAUCGAUCCUGAAAAGCUUCUGGAUCACACAUUCAACCUGAUCUUCCCGCAAUGGGACAUGGUCACCGUUAUCCUCUGCGUUUUCCUGCUCAGCUAUGUGUACGGCGAGGGCAAGAGCAACUACUUCAAAGGAAGCAUCCUGGUGCUGGCCUAUCUAGUGAUUGUGGUCGGUUUCUAUCUCGCAGGAUAUUCGGGUGACAUCGAGAUGAUGGGCAUUGACCGCUUCGAUACACUUGCUUUGGGACACCAGAGCAGCUUCAAGACAGUGGGCAGGAGAAGUAGCGGAAGGGCUUGGUAA